ACUGGGGCUGAGCAGCAGCUUAACAAAAAGAAGAAAAACAAGAAGCCUGCUGCCAAUGGCAAUGCACCUCAGCCAUCAUCUGCGCCGGCAGCUAAGGCAGCCCCUCAGCCUGCCGCGGUGGCCCUUCCAGUCAAUACCGAUCUGACCGUGGGCGUGAGCGAGGCUUGUGCAAUCAUUGAACGCGGAGCUCGUGAGGCUAAGCAGCAAGCUGACAAGGUUAAGCUCUGGAAGGAGUGGACGCGGCAGGCCAACGACAAGGCAUCUAAGCUUAAGUACGCAGAUGUGGAUGGAACGAACCUGGACUUCAAGCAGGUUAUCCUGCGCUCCAAGGCGCUUGAGAUCUGCGCCGAGAGCUGCAUCUCCACGCCACUUCACCCCGACAAGGAGAGUGCGCUGGCCCAGAUGUUCGCAUCCUUCCUGCCCAACGAGGGUGGCGCCUGCAACAACCUGGCAAACCUGCUCGUUCGGCUGUCAAACUCCCUGGCCGGGGAUGCACCAGACACACUUGGCGCAGCGCAGCGUGCGGUGAGCGGUAUCGUGCAGUCGCUCAAGGCUGCGGCCUCGCGGGACGGAUCUGAGGCGGAGGCGGCCAACCCCGUCGUCACCUGGCUGGAGCGCGUGUCCUCUCUGGACAAGGAGAUUGCCCGGGCGCAGACGUCGCUGACGAAGCUCACCGCCGUCAACAAGGGCGUGGUGACCAGGGAGGUCGCCAACACCGCCCGGCAGCUGGUGAGGCUGCACGAGGAGAAGUUCGACCUGCUGCAGCCCGAGUCCAUUCCCACGGUGAAGCCGCCCUCGGGGGCGCUGGGCGCCUGCCUGCGCGGCAUUGAGGAGCUGAAGGCCGUCAUCUCCGGACACCUCAAGGAGUCGGAGUCCAAGUCGGCGGGCGCUGCCUCGCAAGACGCGGCUGCUCGCUCCGCGCAGGCCGCCAGCUACAAGCGCGAGGCGGAGAUCCUGGCGGCGCAAGCGGCUCAGGUGUCCAGCCAGAUCCGCACGCUGGAGGCGCAGCUCUACUCGCUGCGCGCGCAGGCCGCCGAGAUUGAGGAGAAGCGCGCUGCUCUGGCGGCCCGGCAGCAGGCCUCUUGGGAGGGAGCCAGCGCGGCGAGCAGCAGCAAGGGAGGCAAGCCGCAGUCCGCGCUGCUGACCCCGGCGCACUACCGCGAGUCGCUGGUGCUGGCGGAGGCGCUGGCUGACCUGGCGGACCCCAGCCGCCUGGCAGCCGCCUCGCCGGAGCAGGUGCUCAACGUGCAGACCGCGCAGGUGAACUCCCCGGUGGAGUACGUGGCUGCUGCGGAGAGCCUGUUGGGUGUGGCGCUGGGGGCGCUGGGUGAGGUGCCCGCCAAGCUCUCCUUCUGCCGGCAGCGCAUCGCGCAGGCGACCAAGCUGGUGCAGCUGGGGGCGCUGGCGGGCAAGGCGGUGGAGGACAGCAAGCGGCAGCAGGAGGAGGCUGAGAAGCUGAUGGCUGACACGCUGCGGAUGGCGGAGGAGCUGGUGGCCACCGCGGCGCAGGUGCGUGCGGACGCGCACCGGCGCUACGACGCCAUGGCUCGCUUCAACCCCGAGAAGGCCGCCACGGUGGCGGGGCACAUCCGCAACAUUGACGCACUGGAGGCGCAGGUGCAGCAGCAGCACAGCGUCGUGCUGGCCACUGCUAGCGGCGCCGCCCCCCCGCCCUCCGCCCCUGCCGCACCCACCGCCGCUGCCCCCGCCGCCGCCACCACCACUUACAUCCCCC